UACCGCUAAAGAGGAGGAAACUACCACUCAACCAAUUUCUGCGGAACCAACGACACAACCUAUGACCCAAAGCCCACAAGAGGAAGGGACUCUUAGUGAUUUCGAUGUGGCAAAUAGGAUUUGUGGUGAAGAACUUUUGGGCCCAGUUGUUAGGCGCAGAGGGCCGGCACUACCCACAAAACGUAUAAACUGGCUACCACAUCCUAGCGAUGAUCUUUGUACGAUUCAGCUGAAACGGUUUAUACACAAAUAUCGCCUACGUCCUAAUAACACAAAAGCCAACCAUGAGUUUGAGCAGCGCAUUUGGACAGUGUACAUGACUCUCGAUCUGAAUCGUGGUAGCAUAAAAGAGAAAGCACGGGUCUACAACGAGUUUUUAAAGUAUGAUAAGCUGCGUUUAUAUCUGGAUUCCAUACUUGAGGCCAAGAUACAUGAAUGUGAGGUUAGGUUGGCCGAUAGCCCUUCCGCAAGUUGUAAGAAGACAUUGAUGCGCGCAAAGAACGAGUUCAGAGGAGCUCUCAAGGCAGCAAUAUCUGACAAGCAAAAGGCUAUAGCCAAGAAUUCGAUGAUUUGUGAAACGGGUGACGAAAAUUAUUAUUAACGAAUUCAAUCAGUUCUGUAGCAAAAUAAUACGUAUUCAUAAUAUUUUACUAUCAAACAAAUCGACAAUUAAAACACAAAGCCUUUAUUGAA